CUUUUCAGCAAGCUUCAGCUCAGCUGUCAGAAGGGGCAGUUUGGUCUCUGUGCGAGUAAUACUCACAUUCCAAACUGCAUUAGAGGAAAGCCGGUGGGGCUGUGCGCAUUUUCUUAUCAGUUCCAGAUUAGGAAUCUGAUACUGAUUUCUUCUUAAAGCCUGCGUUUGCAGUACAAUUGGUAUUCUAAAACAAAAAAAGGAUUGUGACGUUUCUCCCUCUCUCACUCGCUUGCCUUUUUUUUCUCCUGGCUUUACUCCAAGGACCUUUCCUGCUUGUUUGUUGCAUUCUCAAGAUGAAGCCCCCGGUGGCUAUAGCGGUGCUGGUAGUACUGGUGCAGGUUUCUCAGAGUUUCCCUGCCUUGUACCACAGAGGUUGGUGGAGACUGCUAAGGGAAGGAGAUAGUUGUGGAAAAUGCGAUUUGGCACUUUGCUCUGAGCCUACACACUGUCCAGCCGGGACUGUACUGGAUCGCUGUGGCUGCUGUCCUGAAUGUGGAAAUGUGGAAGGUCAGAUCUGCGACUUGGACCAGGGCAAUCAUUUUUACGGGCAGUGCGGAGACAACCUAGAGUGCAGGUUGGAUGCUGAUGAAGCAAGGUUUGGAGAGGUGCCUGAACCCCAGUGCGUGUGCAAGUCUCAAGAGAGCGUCUGCGGACCUGAAGGGAAAACCUAUGAGAACAUCUGUCAGUUCAACAAGGCUUAUGCCGCAAGAGGAAAUGUCAGUGUGAAACAUAAAGGACCGUGUGAAUCAGCUCCUGUGAUUUCUAUCCCACCUCAGGACGCCCAGAAUUUCACAGGCAAUGAUAUCAUUUUUGGCUGUGAGGUGUCAGCUUAUCCUAUGCCACACCUUGAAUGGAAAAAAAAGGGGAAUAAAAUGUUUCUGCCAGGAGAUGAUGCCCAUAUCUCAGUACAGGCAAGAGGUGGGCCUCAGAAGUAUGGUGUGACUGGCUGGCUGCAGAUUCAAGGCCUCAAAAAAUCAGAUGAGGGUGUCUACAUCUGCCAUACCAAAAAUAAGUAUGGUGCAACAUAUGCCUCUGCAAGAUUGAAAGUCAUUGAUGGUUCAUCUUCCACGUUUGCAUUGACGGCUGGCAGUAGAAGUGCAAGCUACAACACUGAUUACGAUGCCUAUUAUGACCAUUCUGAAGAGGAGGAUGAGGAAGAAUAUGAAUCUGGAGAUUAUGAAAACUGAAACUGUCUAUAAUAAUUUUUAUACAUCUGCUGUCCAAUACCUUUCACAUUCAGUUAUAUUUACCAGUAUAAUCUGUGCUGUAAAUGGCUGCUCUGGUAACACUAAUAUUCACUUGUGAAUUCCAGCUUUCUCAAGGAAUUCACCUUGGGCUGAAGUAUAUUGUGCUACUUACCACAAGUGAGAACAGAUAUAAGUUCGUACAUUUAGACUGUUAAAUAAAAUUCCUAAACAUGCACCUGUCUAUUAAUUAUCCUGAAAGGAUCAACUUUUUAUAUUAAUUUUUAAAAUGGUAAAUUAUUGCAUAAUUUCUUUAAAAUAUUCUAAAUUGCUUACCAAAAACUGUCCACAGUUAAACAAAAAAUGUACCUUGUAUCAAUUUCUUAUUUUCUAUAAUGUACUAAGAAAUAUCAAGAGAUGAGCGUUCACAUGGCAACAAGCAUAAGUAGGAAGGUUGAAAACAGUCUUUAAUCUCCUUAGUUCAUGUUUUCUCUUAAGUUCCAGGAAGAUUUUUCUUUUCCUGAAAUUUUCCAUGUUUAGUCUCAUCAAGGGUGAAUUAUCUGCAAUUUGGUGUUUUACUUGGUUUAGUUUUAACAGAUACAUGAAGCAAUCACAGUCUUGAGCAGGUUAGUGUUUUAGCAGCAAUACUCAAAAAUACACAGGCAGUAUUUCUUGUGCACGCGCACUGAUGAGCACAUUCUCCGAGUUCUUUCCAUACCAUUUCCCAAGCUAGCCCUAGCAGUGGCUGCUCCUUCCCAGUAGCCUAGACAAUGGUUCAAGAUUUGGGAUCAUUAUUUAUGUUUUCAUCAGCAUUAUGUUUGGUGGGAACUACUGCAGUUUAAGGAAGGUGGCUGUUCCAUAGCUCUAUACAUGCCCUUCAAACACGUGGAGAUCUUCAUAACAGAUCCAGUAUUUACGCCUCCUGGACUGUCCAAGACUAUCUGUCCUCUCUGUAUUAUUUCCAACCCAUGUGCAUUUAGGAUUCCCACAUCCAACCAUGCUUCUGGCAACACCAGACAGAAAAGAAGACAUUAUUUUCUUUCCUAAAACUACACCAGAACAUAUACGUAUUUUUCAAAUUGUGUCAAUCACUUCAGCAUGAACCAGAGAGCAAAUCAAAUGCAACUCCAAAACACAAGACUUUGGAAUGUAAAAUGGUCAUCCCGAAAAACUUCUCCAAUUGCUUCUGCUAACUAAUUAUAUGAGGUCAGGCUCUGCAUUGGUGGGUGCUGGAAGCUUCUCCAAGCUUCAGACACCAAACUAAAAACCCCUGUUGGGAGGCCUUUUCACCUGUUAGUUCCCAUUGGCUGAGCAAGAUGAAGUGUCUCAUUUACAACUAAGGAAGCAAAAGUUCAGCCAUCUGAAUUCAAAGCCUCAUUAUUUGCAAUCUUCUUUAUCCAAUGCACAAAACCAUAUAGUGACUACUAUAUUCACUGAGGUAACUCGAAGUUGAAUUUAUCAUGUUAAGGAAGUUCUAAGGGCAAUCUUACUGUGUGCAUAUAUAUGCUUUGUAGGGUUUUUGAAUGUAUACACAGUGCAUCACAAACUCCUCUUUUAAUGUUUUGUUGUUUUGUGCUUUUUUGCCAUUAGAUAUUUUUAAUUCAUUUUGAAUUACAUUAAUAGAUUGGCUAUAGACUGUGUUUGCCCUGAGGUAUUAUUGAUCUUUGUCCAGGUAGCAAACAAGCAAAGAAUAAUUUGUUUUGUUUUAGACUUCCUGGAAUAUUGUCAGCUUAUGUGUAGAAACCAUGCCAUUCUGUCAUUGAAAAGAUUGUUUCAAUUAGGAAUAUCAAAUGGUUUCAAAUUUAACUACUGGUUUUGUUGUUACGGGCUCUUCCUGGUCUUGUUAGUGGUAUGUCUAAUAAUUUUUUUGCUUAUUAACUAUACAUCAAUUUGAACAGAAAAUUUUCUAGUAGAAAUAACUAAUUUAAAAAAAUGGGUAAUUUGUAAUGGAAUUACUUAAUCUGCAGACGAAGACUGAAGAUCAGUUGUGAUUUACAUUACAAAUGAAUGAAUUUAGAUUACUAAACCAGUCACUAAAUUGUGGCACAAUAUAUAUUGGCAUAGACUAAAACAUGGCACAGAAAAUAAUCUCAAAAACAUUAGCCAUAGAAAUGAAUUAUAAUUCUUCAUGGCCUUCUACUGUUGCUAAUGUAAAAUGAGAAACAGAAAGAAAAUAAUAGUUGAAGAAGAAAAUGUGUAGCAGAACCAUAUCAAAUACUGGACUGAGGCUGUUUGACCUGAUGGACUAUGUCUAUUUACCAAAGCAUGCCUUUCUAGAGCAAAGGGUUUUAAAUUAAAUGCAUUGCAUUUGUGUAUGUGUGUA